GCGGUGGAGGAAGUCCCCGGGGGCAUGCGCCUCAAGGAGGCACUGCCAUCUCCAAUCCCUCUCAAGCUGAUCCCCAAUUGGGAUCUUUUCCUUGGUUUUGAGGACCGGAGCAAGGUUAUCAGGGGCAAGCUCACCCUAUCCAUUUUCUAUUAUCCAGAGGCCAAAACAUAUGUCUCCGACCCACAGAAGAUUGUCAGCGUGGACAACUUCGGAGACGGCGAUCGUAUCCUUCAAUCUACCGUGACCUUAAUCGAGCCUGGGACCGCGGACCGGGAAGCCAUUGCCACGAGUAACAUCUACGUUGGCGACUUCUCGCAGUCGCAGUCCAUGUUCGACCACAGCUGCUAUCCCUUUGACACCAAGAAAGUCAAAUUUGAGAUAAGCAUCCAGCGGCCGGGCGACUACAUCUUUACACUGGAAAUGAUGUGCCCUGGGCCGAAGAUUGCUGAGUAUAUCAAGGACGACAAGAAUAACACGCGCAUCGUGAAGUGCAUGUCGGAGUCAAUGGGUUCCUUCGUCGGCUUCGACUGGGGAAGCUUUACGUGCGAGUACAUCAAUGGCCAGCAGAUGCUGUGCUACAUAGACGGAACGAGGCAGUGGCUCAGUGUCUUCAAGGGACACAUCUGGCCCUCCUUUACCUUUAGCGCUAUGGGCUUUCUGUCCUUUGCGCUCAGCGUGAAGAUGGCGAUGCCCAGGAUAGCCACCACCAUGCUGGCGUUGGUCUCCCUGACGAGCCUCC